AUGGCGACCAUAUCCCUCCUUUCUCCUCCUUCUCUCUCCUCCCUCAACCACCAGAAUGUCACCACCCGCCUCAUCCUACGCACCCCCUCCCUUAAUCUACGCACCUCCUCACCAUAUCCUUCCAUCAAAGCCUUCUCUUCACCCUCCCCCUCGCCACCCCUAACCCAAGACGAUCUCAAAAAACUCGCCGCCGACAAAGCCGUCGAGUACGUCCGCAGCGGCAUGGUCCUCGGCCUUGGCACCGGCUCCACCGCCGCCUUCGUCGUUUCGAAGCUCGGCGAGCUGCUAAAAACCGGUGAAUUAACAGAUAUAGUUGGAAUACCCACUUCAAAACGCACCCAAGAGCAAGCCGCUUCACUGGGUAUCCGUCUUUCUGGUCUUGAUGACCACCCAAAGCUCGAUCUCGCCAUAGACGGUGCAGAUGAGGUAGACCCAGAUCUCAAUUUGGUCAAAGGCCGUGGUGGAGCUCUUCUCAGGGAGAAAAUGGUGGAAGCUGCUUCGGAAAAGUUUGUUGUUGUGGCCGAUGAUUCCAAAUUGGUUGAUGGGCUUGGAGGGAGUGGAUUGGCAAUGCCGGUGGAGGUGGUUCAGUUUUGUUGGAAGUACAAUUUGGUGAGACUUGCCGAGUUGUUUAAGGAGGAAGGGUGUGAUGCGAAGUUGAGAUUGGAUGGGAAUGGGAAGCCAUAUGUGACUGACAAUAUGAAUUAUAUUGUGGACUUAUAUUUUAAGACACCCAUUAAGGAUGCAAAUGCGGCGGGGAAGGAGAUUUCGGCUUUUGAAGGGGUUGUUGAGCAUGGGUUGUUUCUUGAUAUGGCGACCGCAGUGAUUAUUGCUGGGAAGGACGGAGUGAGUGUGAAGGCGAAGUGA